AUGCCGUGGAAAUUUCUCCCUUCCAACGUUAACGACAAUUCCAAAACCAUUGACGCACUUUUUUGGAUGGCAAUUUUCAUUGUAAUGCAAAGAAACUUGGAGGAAGGUAGAGUGAAAAAAAUGAGAACACCGAAAGAACACAUUGAAGAAAUACGAAGCAACAAAUUCUCCAUUGGCAAGGAUCCAAACCCUUUGAUUGAAGAUUUGCAUCAAGCUGUAAAAAAUCUCUCCGUUGAAAUUUAUACCAAAGAUGUUCACUUUCUCAUGGAACUUAUUCAGAAUGCAGAAGAUAAUGUGUACUCUAAUGGAAGGAAGCCUUCACUAGAGUUCAUCAUAACUUCUAAGGACAUUACAGCUACUGGUGCUCCAGCUACACUACUAAUUUUCAACAAUGAAGAUGGUUUCUCCCCCAAAAACAUUGAAUCUGUAUGCAGUGUUGGACGUUCCACUAAGAAAGGCAAAAGGAACAGUGGUUAUGUUGGUGAAAAAGGAAUUGGGUUCAAGAGUGUGUUUUUGGUUACUACACAGCCUUAUAUUUUUAGCAAUGGAUAUCAGAUUUGCUUCAAUGAGAAGCCUUGUCCACAAUGUGGCCUUGGGUAUAUAGUUCCUGAAUGGGUUGAGGAGAAGCCAAUUCUUCAAGAUAUACAGAAGAUAUAUAAUGCUGCAGCUGAAUCCCUUCCUUCUACAAUACUUGUCUUACCUCUGAAGCCGGAUAAGAUCAGUGCAGUUAAACAACAGCUCUCAAACUUUCAUCCAGAAAUUCUCUUGUUUCUUUCAAAGAUCAGAAAUAUUUCUGUCAGAGAACAUAAUGAGGGUUCCAAGAAGAGUACUGUGAGUGCAAUAUCUAUUUCAACUGAGAUUGAACUAGUGACUAGGAAGAACAUGAAUGCCGAGUCCUAUACGCUCUGCCUAUCGGCUCAGGAAAAUGGUGGUGCUGAAAAGGAAUGCAGUUACUAUAUGUGGAAGCAAAAAUUUCCUGUGAGGAAAGAAAAUGUGGUGGAAAGGAGAAUAGAUGUGGAGGAGUGGGUUGUUACAUUAGCCUUUCCACAUCAGGAUAGGCUUAAUAGGGGAAUGAGCUCACCUGGUGUUUAUGCCUUUCUUCCUACUGAGAUGGUCACUAAUUUUCCCUUCAUCAUUCAAGCUGAUUUUAUUCUUGCCUCCUCAAGGGAGACAAUUCUCAUGGAUGAUAAGUGGAACCAUGGAAUACUAGAUUGUGUUCCAUCAGCUUUUGUCAAUUCAUUCAAAACACUUGUCUUAGGAUCAGAUCAAGCUCCUGUAUCCAGUUUGACCCACAUGUUCAAAUUUAUUCCAGUCAAUAAUUCUCCAUAUGAAAAGUUAAAUUAUGUGAGGGAAAAGAUCAAAUCAACACUCCUUGAAGAAAACAUAAUUCCCAUUGAGACUUACAAGGAUCAGAAGUGCUUCUGUAAACCUCCUAAAGUCGGACGGCUGCUGCCUGAUUUCCGGAAUAUUUUGACUGAUGCUCGGACGGAAGGAAUACGCUAUGAUAACCUAUCUGCUCAAGAUGGAAGGAAAAUAAUGAGUUCUUCACUUGAUAUAAGCCAGUAUAAUGGCUUACUUAAUUAUUUAGGGGUGCAACAAAUCAAAUCUGAUUGGUAUGCAAAGUGCAUCCAGAGUUCCAAUCUUGUGGGUCGAGUAUCUGAAGGACUCUAUCUCAAGCUUUUGCUCUUUGUUGCUAAAAAUUGGGAAUCGUUUGUUCCUUGUUCAGACAUGCCGAACUUUCCCUUAUUAAAGUACGUGUCUUCUGAUGGUAGUCUGUCUCGUUGCAGUGUUAAUGAUUGCAUCAAUGGUUCCAUUCGAUUAGUUCGAGCCAAUCCUCGUGAUUCUUGUCCUUGUUCUUGGCUUAUUAAUUGGAACCGUGCAUUUUCUUGUCAUCCCAACCGUUAUUUUAUGCCAGAAAUUACUCAAAAUUCUAUCUUGUCUUUUCCCCAAAAAAAUACUUUGUUGGAGUGGCUAGAAAUUGAAGUCGGUCUUACUACUUUUAAUGUGUACACCUUGGCAAAAGAUCUUUCCGGAUCCAUAAAAAACAACUCGAAGCUUGUCAUUAUAUAUGCUAAUUUCCUUUUUCACUCUUUCUCAAAUGGUUUCAUAUCCAAGUCCGAGGUUGAUGCACUGUGUAGUUCUAUGCCUCUUGUAGACAACAAUGGCAUUGUAAAUAAAUCGAGAAAAGGUAUUCUUCUGCCAGCAAGUGUGAGCAAUUGGGCAAACUUUAUUCACCCUAAUCCAUGGAGAAAUGAAAAUUAUGUUGAGCUGGGAGAGGAGUACUUGAAUCGAUAUAAUUUUGCAGGCCAAUUUACAGACAAUAAGAUGCUCAUCAAUUUCCUGACUGAUCACUUGGGUGAUUUUGAUAUUCCAGAUAUGUAUCCUCCCAAUGCUGGUUUUUCUGCUGCAGAUAGACGUCUUACCAAAGAGAAUGCCUUUUUACUUCUCGAAUGGGUUCGGAAGCUGAAUAAGAUGUCAUGUGGAAUACCGGAGAGAUUCUUGAUAAGCAUUAAGAAAGGCAGUUGGCUCAAAGUUACUGUCAAUGAAUAUAUGCCACCUUCGAAGUCAUUCUUAAUUGGAUCAUCAUUGGGAACAAUUCUGCAAAGUUGUUCUGAUCUUGUUGACAUUCCACUCGUUGAUGAGGCCUUCUAUGGGAGUAGAAUACAUGAGUAUGAGAAGGAAUUGAAAACUGUUGGAGUGAUGUUCAGUUCCGAGGAAGCCUUUCAAUUCAUUGGAGAAGAGUUAAUGCGACGAGCAAAAUGUUAUAAUUUAAGCUCGAAGCAUGUUAUUUUGAUUCUUAAAUUCAUUCAAUGUCAGAGGCAAAGCUUUCUUCCUUUAGACAAAUUUGUCAACAGUGUCCGAAACGGUAGUUGGCUGAAGACAUCUCGUGGUCUUAGGUCUCCUGUGGGAUCUGUAUUAUAUGAUAAGGAAUGGGAAAUUGCAUCAAAAGUUAGUGAUAUCCCAUUUAUUGAUAAAACUGAAUUUGGUGAGGAAAUAUAUAAUUUCAAAGAGGAGCUUAAGUUGCUGGGUGUGAUAAUUGUCCUUAGUGGAAACUAUCAAGUUGUCACUGAUAAUUUAAAAUUACCAUUUGAUUUUGGCAAUUUGAAAGCUGAGACAAUUCUGUUGUUAUUGGAAUGCAUAAGGUUUUCCUCUGCCUCGAAUGAACUCACGAAUUCCAUUAAGUCAAAGAGCUGCUUGAAGACUAACAUAGGUUUCAAAACUCCAGGUGAAUGUUUUUUGUAUGAUCCUGUAUGGGGCUGCAUUUUGGAGGUAUUCAGUGGUAUUCCUGUGAUAGAUAAAGAAAUUUAUGGAGAGAAGAUUUUCAAUUACAAAAGUGAAUUGAAGCAAAUAGGGGUGGUGGUUGACUUUGAGGAGGCUAUAAAAAAAUUUGGUGAUCACUUCAAACUGAAUGCAUCUCAAAGUUCCUUUAGCGAACAGCAUGCGAAAUCAUUUCUUUCAUGUGUCAGGCUGCUGAAGGGAACUCAAUAUAAUUUUCCUUCUGAUUUCUUAACGACCGUACGUAAUGUGAAGUGGUUGCUUACCACCAGGCUUGGUGGUUAUAGAUGCCCAACACGUUGCAUUCUUGAUAGUGUGGAAUGGAAAUCUAUCUCUUCAAUAAGUUGUCUUCCAUUCAUUGAUGAUAGUGACAACUGCUAUGGUAAAGGAAUUCAUGAGUACAAAGAAGAGCUGAAGAUAUUUGGUGUUAUUACUGAAUUGAAAGAUGGGGUGAAAUUUGUUCUUAAAUGUUUGAAUUUUCCUUCUGAUCCCUCCACAAUCGCUCCUGAAAGUGUUUUUUCAUUGCUCGAAUGUAUCCGUCUUCAAAUGAAACGGACUAUGCUCCCCAUUGAUGAUGACUUAAGAAAAAGAUUGUCUAGAAACUGGUUGAAAACACAUGAUGGUUAUACGUGUCCAGAUAAGUGUUUGUUGUUUGAUUCCAAGUGGGAUUUGUAUUUCAAGCCAACUGAUGGGCUUUUCAUUGAUGAGAAUUUUUAUGGUUCCAAAAUUUCAUCUUACAAGAAAGAACUGAUUGAAAUAGGAGUCACUGCUGACCUUGAGAAUGGGUGUGAUUUGGCUGCAAAGCACCUUUAUACUCUCUCUGCUGAUAACUCCAUUGUGCAAAUAUACAGGUACUUAAGUGAUCAACACUGGAAACCUGGGGAUAAAGCAGCCAGAAAAAUUUGGAUUCCAAAAAGGCGAGAGUGGGUGCAUCCUGAAGAAUGUGUGAUACAUGAUCAUGAUAAACUUUUUGGCUCAAAAUUUUAUGUUCUAGAAGAUUUCUAUGAUAAGAAGAUUCUCCCUUUUUUCUCGUUUGCCAUGGAAGUCAGGAACAAGCCCUCAGUGGAUGAUUAUAUCAACCUUUGGAAUGAAUGGGAGAGUUCAGAGGACCAGUUGUCAUAUGACAACUGCUCUAAGUUCUGGACAUCUUGCGUUGAACGUUUUACUUCAAAUACUGGAAACAAACUAUGUGACACCUUAUUGAAGCUCCCUGCCUCUUCAGGCAACGAUGAAAUAGUGUUGCUUGAGAAGGAAGAUAUUUUCAUUCCUGACAACCUUCACCUGAAGAAGCUUUUUGAGAUGGAAAAAGUCUUUGUCUGGUAUCCUCAGAACUUGGCCCCAUCAUCUAGGAGUAAAUUGUCUGACUUGUACAGAAAAAUUGGUGCUCGGAAUAUAUCUGAAUGUAUAUGCACGGAAGAUCCUUCUUUGUUGAAUGUUGUUCAACUUAAGAAGAUUGAUGCUGGUAAUGUAUGUAAUUUGAAAGUGCUGGUUAAGCUUAUUCUUGGUUUUCUUGCUUGUUCCAGCCUUAAAAUUGAACCAAAAAAGAGGCAUGAAGCUGUUCAAGGUCUACUCAAUUUGAGUUUCUUUGAGACAACGGAUUCGAUCGAUGUAAGUUAUAGUUUGGCGCUAUCAACAGGGAAUAUCCUUACCAAAAGGGAUAACAGAAUGGUUCGGUGGGAGAGCAAAAGUUCUAAGUUUUUCACUCAAAUGAACUGGAAAGCUGAAAUUGGUAGCUUUAUAAAAUAUGCAACAUAUUUCUCAGAAGUCAUAUCAGAGGGUGUUUUGUGCGAGAGACAUGAUCAUGUUGGAGAACUCUCUGAGCUCAUCAGAUUGGCUUUUGUGCUGAAAUUCAAUGAUGAGGCAGUUGAGUUCCUCAUGGAGUCCAAGAACUUGCAGAUUUUCAGUGAGGAUGAUGAGUUUCUCUGUUCUGCAGUUGCAUCAACCUGCACUUAA